AUGCCACUAUUUGAUGGAUUUCUGACAGAGUCCGUCUUUGCAGAUUCUGUGACCAACUCCAACCUUAUUCUCUUCGUACUCAUAAGAGAAUAUCUGUCUGCCAUCGAUCUCGAUAAUCCAGUGUUUUCCGAUGUAAAACAGGCCGAUGAGAAAGUAAAGUUUUACAUGUUCUGUUACAGUUUACUUCGAAAUGCACCCACUGACCCUUUCGAUUGUCUUCGACAAGAUUCAUCAGUUCUACCUACACGGAUACGGGUCCUGUUGCGUGACCGAUUUUCUCAACUGCGUAAUUUCUUCGAAUUAGUAAACUACACACAUCCUUCCACUGUCAGGGGACUCUUCUUCUCUGACGUGCCUCUGGAAGAUGAGGAUAAGUUCAUGCUUACCAAAGACAGCGUAUUUGGCUUAUUCCUGCGUCGGUUCUCGCUUGGUUUUCAUCACCAAAGCUUCGAACAAAUGACUGAAUUUUUGAACGGCUUUUUCGAAGCUUAUGACGUUUCAAUUCAUUCGAACACCCAAGAGAAUUCCAUGCCGUGUACAAGUACCGAAAGUGUUGGACCAGCGUCCGGUUGCGUUUUUUCAAAACCUGCGAAGCCCAUUGCGGAUUCUUUUGCGAAGCUGACUUGUCAUCAAAAUGAUCAUUCCACACACUGGAAGCAAAACUAUGGUGAUUCCAAGCCACUCUCCCUCCAUCUCUCUGUUCCACGGUACACAUCUCUUCUGCAUGCAACUCAGAAGCGAAACCUGACGCAGGCUGAACAUGAUCUCUGCGCUUAUUUCGAAACUGAAAUGUCAAGGGAGCGGUCUGAUUCGGGCCCGAACAAUAUAUGCGCUUACAUGGCAGUCGCUGCUGCCGAUAUGCACCUAUCAUUUGGCAACUGGUAA